CUGAACGACACCACCAUUCGCAGUGGCAGUUGUGUGGGCGUUGGCUGGCUGGCACCACAACCCUGCUCACCACCAUCCAUCGGAACAAGCCCUCUCCUCCCAUCUACACACUCCCAUCCAGGUGACUCUCCAACACGAAACACGGGUAUCAUGUCUAUUUGGGACAAGGACAAGGGCAAGUUCGACCCGAACCUGGAGUCGGAUCAGCUGGUGUUCCUGCAGCAGCGCCGAUACACAGAUGUCCGACAUGGCACCCGCAAGUUCUCCAGAGAGAUGGUUGCCUUGGACGACGAGACAGAGGACUUUCCAGAAGUUGUCCGGAUGAACACGCUGUACGAGAGCGAUGAUGAAGACGACAAUGGCAACAGCGCAGGCGCCCAGCAAGACACGGAGCAGGAAACAGACAUCGACCGCCCCACCCUCAAGCUGCAGCCCGCAACCAGCCUCACGCUCCCGCGGUCGUACACCUCAAACAUCACUUACAGGCAGUUGAAGAGAAACGUGUGUUGUGGUGGGGCGCGGGGCGUGUCGUGGCUUGGUGCCAUGCAGGGCAGAAUACAGGCCUCCCUAAACCCUGGCGGCUGGGUUCCUGGCGUUCGAUCCUUACACAACUUCAAGGAAGACUGGGUGCUGUCCGACUGCGACCCGAAGCUUGGCUUUGACUGCACCUUGUCAGCGUUUCGCGGCCUCUCCAUCACAAGAGGCGUUCAGCACGUCGUCGCAAAGGCGGACACGAGCAACUUCGACUUGGAGCUGCACAUUUACACACGCGCCGAGUGGUUGGAUGUGAUACGCAUUUCCUUCAAUCAAGUUGUGCGCGGACACCUUGUCGCACCGAUGGGCGGCUGCAUUGCUACGGUUGUUGCCUACAGUACUGGACUUCUGCCCUGCUCGCUGCCCCUCGCGCCACUGCUCAACAUGGCCUUGUGCUGGGUGCCUUUCUCCGACGGCAAAGAGAACGAACGCCGCGUGUCGUUGCUGCGACUCAGGGUGUCACAGGCUGUCACACUUCGACGCUCCCACGCAUAACAAGACGUCAACACGGUGUGUGUGCACUGCCUGGCGUGUGCGCACAUUCCAAACACGAAGAGAAGGGAACUGUCGACCUCUGCAGCUGAAACUAGACACAUCGCACACGCACGCACACCUUGCCUUCUCUUGCUGCCCCUCUGCAAUGGCCGUUUCUUUCUCCCCCCCCCCAUCUUUUCUCGCUUCUCGGCUUUCCUUGCCCGCGUGUACAUUUCUAUUGAUCCUUCUUUGCAGUUUGCGUUUUGGGUGUGGGAACGCUGAUGUGACCGACUCUUUGGUUCCCGAGGUUGCACGCAUGUUGUUGCGCAAGGCUCCUCGCAAUACUGUGGAGCUGAACAUGCGUUCACACGCCUCCAACUGAUUGCAGCCGCCCCAAUGGCGCAGUUUCCCUCUCUUUGAGACUGGCGAUCGCUGCUGUUGUUAUGUCUUCCGCUCACUUGCGCAUUGUACAUAUGUUUUCACUGUAAAGGACACAACUGGC